AUGCCCUUCUUCAACCCAUCAUCGCUCCCACUACCGCUCCUGCGCCAGAUCGCGCGGUCACGCUCAUCCCCUCGAUUUCGGCGAGCAUUGAGCACAUCUCCGGUCCCGCUCGAAGCAAGACGGCCCCUCCCCCUCUCCCCCCUCGCUCCCUCCAUACCGCCUACGCCCACCCUCUCCGCCCUUGCAUCUCGCCUAUCUCUCCCCCAAUCAUCAACUCUCCAUCCCGGACUGGUAGCUUGCCUGACCCACCCGUCGUUCUCCCGCACGUCCGCCGCGUCCGGAUCGACAUCCACCGCUUCUACCGAGACGGACACCAAUGAGCUGCUCUCCACACUAGGCAACUCCCUCCUCGGCUUGUUCGCCUCGGAACACCUCGCGCAGAGGUAUCCCUUCCUGCCGACCGAAGCGCUCAAAGCGGGCGUCACGGCGUAUGUCGGUCCCGCCGCCUGUUUUGCGAUAGCCCGGGAGCUCGGUGUAGGCGUGCAUGGGCCAGGCGAUGGACUGGAGAAGGAGCUGCCAGAGGGUCAGAGGCGGAGAGGGCACGGAGCGGGUGGAAGACCAGCGAGUGAAGGUGUGGGCGUUAGGUGGAUUAGGGAAGUUGGCUUCGAGAAGGUGCCUGUUGCGAGGCGGUUUAGGGGGAGGAUGGAGCGUGAGGGCGGAGGCGGCGCAGGGCCGGGGGAUGCGAUACAGCGGAGAGAAGGGUGGGAGGAGGUCGUGGCGGGGGUGGUGAAGGCGUUUGUGGGGUUGAUAUAUCAGGAGCAGGGAAUGACGGCCGCACGACAAUUCACACACGCACACUUCCUCUCACGAUACCUCGACAUGACCUCCCUCUUCAACUUUACGAACCCAAAGCACGUCUUGUCUCGGGCAGUCGCCAAGCAUCUGUCAGAUGCGGGCGUAGAGCCAACCGCAGGAGAAGGCAACAUCGAGUCUAGACUUCUCGCUCAAACAGGAACAAACUCCCAAUCCCCCUUGUUCAACAUCGGCCUCUUCCUCCCAUCCGGACUAAAGCUCUCAGAGGGGUACGGCUCUUCCCUCAAGAUGGCCGAACAUCGAGCGGCCGUCAAUGCCCUGCACGCCCUUUUCCUCGUUCGCGGCGAUACGGAAGAAGGGGGUGGAGGAUUGGGCGGGAUGUGGAGGAGGAGUCAGGGCGAGAAGAGGGCGGGUGGGUUGAGAUUACCAACGGAGAGUCAUGGGGUUUGGGCGGUGGAGGGUGGGAAAGUGGGCAAGGGGCUCGAGUUCCAGGGAAGCGGAUGGGGAGGGGGCGAGGUGACUGUCGAGAGUCGGAAGCGGGUGACGGUAUAG